AUGGGAAAUGGCACGGUGGUGACAGAGUUCAUCCUAAUGGGGCUCACAGAUGACCACCAACUGCAGGCUCUGAUCUUCCUCGUCCUCUUUCUCACUUAUGCAGUGAACAUCUCCGGAAACCUGACCAUCGUCAUUCUAACCCUGCUGGACUCUCGCCUCGGCACCCCUAUGUACUUCUUCCUGCGCAGUUUCUCCUUGCUGGAGAUAGCCUUCACAUCCGCCUACAUUGCCAUAUUCCUGUUCACCAUCCUGUUCUUCAGCAUCUUCCUGGCGGUGACGGAGUUCAUCCUCCUGGCCGCCAUGUCCUACGACCGCUAUGUUGCCAUCGGCCGGCCCCUGCUCUACACCUCGGUCAUGAGCCGGGGCGUAUGCUCCCUGCUGGUCCUCUGCUCAUUUCUUUCCACUUAUCUGAUCGUGUUCUCACUGGAUGUGAUGGCCACCCGGCUAGACUUCUGCGACUCCAACAUCCUCAAUCAUUUUUUCUGCGAUUCCUCCCCCAUGUUGGGACUUUCCUGCACAGACACGCGCUUCCUGAAGCUGAUGCCUUUCCUCCUGUCCUUGGGGACGCUUCUAGGUACCUUGGUGCUAAUGACUCCGUCCAACGCGGCCAUUGUCCUCGCCAUCCUGAGGCUGCCAUCUGCCCAGCAGAGGAGAAAGGCCUUUUCCACCUGCUCCUCCCACGUGGUCGUGGUUUCCAUCACAUAUGGCAGUUGCAUCUUCAUGUACAUCAAACCGUCCGCCAAGGACAGGGUGGAAUUGACAAAGGGGGUGGAGGUGCUCACCACGUCUGUGGCCCCCAUGCUGAACCCCUUCAUUUAUACCCUGCGGAACGAGCAGGUCAAGCAGGCAUUCAGGGCCCUGGUGCACCGGAUUGGGUUUUUCUCCAGGAAAUGA